AUGGAAUCUUUUGAAGUAACUAUUCAGCUCAUAAGGAAUGUUAGUCGCAUCCAACAACAGCUCAGUUAUGCUUCUGGUCUUGUAAGGAUCGCAUCUAAACAAACUCGAAUGUCCUAUUUUAUUGAAGACCUCAAAAGGAUAGAUCCUCCAACUACUAACUUUGAGAAGGCGGAAGGAGAUAUUGGAGCGAACAAAUAA